AUGGCCAGCCCGCCGCCGUGCCUGCCGAGGUCGGCCCCGUGCCGCUCGCCGCCGCCGCCCGAGCCGCCGCUGCGGGUGAAGGUCGUGGGGCUCUUCACGAGCUCCAGCUUCCAGAGGGCGAAGAGCGCCGCUGAGAGUCUGAAGAGUAAUUAUCCAUCCACAUUUGAAGAUCCUAUAAUAGUUCCUCUUCAAGAAUUUGCAUGGGAUCAAUAUCUACAGGAGAAAAAAAGGGAGUUCAAGAAUGAAAUUUGGGAAUAUUCUUCCUAUGUGAUGUGUUUUGUUAACGAUCAGCUCCUGGGUGACGCAGCUGAUCUUCAGAAAUGGGCUCACAAGAUGUGGGAUAUAGUUGACGUUAAGCCCCCUGAACUAUAUGAGGCGCUUACUGUGGAUUAUUCUGCUAAAUACUUAAGAGAUACCAAGCAUGAUUUUGUGUUCUUGGACAUUUCUAUUGAUUUUCAUCCAAUUGGAAGACUGAUUUUUGAGCUAUACUCUGACGCAUGUCCCAAAACGUGUAGAAACUUUCAGGUCUUAUGCACAGGAAAAGUGGGGUAUUCUCAAAGUGGCAUCAAGCUACAUUACGUAGGUUCAGUUAUUCAUCGAGUAGUACCAAAUGGUUGGAUACAAGGAGGAGAUAUAGCAUAUGGAAAAGGAGAUGACGGAGAGUCGAUUUAUGGACCAACAUUUGAAGAUGAGGACAAACUACCUACAGCCAUGAAAUCUGCAUGGUGUCAGCAUCUGUGUGGGAGAAAGCAGCACAUCUGAUGGCCUUGAGAAUAGCACCCCAAAAUGGCCAACAGUGGGUGAGUGCAAGGGCUCCCUAGUACGGUUUGAGAAGCCAGAGCAGCCUAACCUCUCUGGACUCUUAAAAUUGAUCUGAAAGGGUUUCCAGGACAGGUCCACAAUGAGGAGGUGUUACUGUGAAUGGAUUCAAAGUUAUGCAGAAUAUAAGGCAACGGUGACAAAGAAGGAAUGAGGACAGACCCAAGAAAUCUCAGAAAGCAAGUUGCCACGUUGUUGAACACUACAUGAAAACAGCACAAGAGGGAGCCUUCUGAAAUCAGAAAAGCUAUCUCCCUUCUAAAGCCACACACCCUUCUAAACAUCUAGGAAAACUAAUUUUACAUAAAAACAGGCCACAAAAAGUUUCAUGGUUAUCAGAUGUAGUAAAAGAGAGUAAGGAGCAGAGUAACAUCACUACAGAUAAUGAAAGUACACUAGAAAGACAUGCUCACAAAACAGAUUAAAACUGUACAAAUCUCAGAUUGAGCCAGAAGCCAUUGAAAAUAUAAGACAGGAAAGAACUCAUAAAUCAGAAUUAGAAAAACAGACUUGUGGUUACAGAACUAGGGAAGAAUUAGCAGUAAAAGAACACUUCAGAAAUAAAUUAGAAGGAACAUGGGUCAAAUAAACAUGACAGAUAUGUAAGUCUUAAAAUAAGUCAAAGGUGGAAGGAGGGAAUUUUUUUUAAACCACGAAGAAAUGAAGAAAGUUAAAAAGGAUUUAUAAGAAAGUGACAAAUAGCCAGAAAGAGAAGAUCCAACAUAUGGACAGGUGUCCAAAGGAUUAAAUGAAUGCAAGGGAAUGAAACAAAUACUAAGAACUAAGAGUGAAAACACUGUCCUGAAUUUAAAAAGGACUUGAUGGGGCAGCCCCAUUGGCUCAGUGGUUUAGCGCCUGCCUUCAGCCCAGGGUGUGAUCCUAGA